AUGACUCCUGAGCAACAGGGACGCACUUCCCUAGAUACGGGUUGAUGACAAACCUUGCUGGGGCAUGCUAGCUACAGGUGCAAAGUGUCUACCAUAUAAACACGAUAAAAUUAUAUUUUUGUUUUCAUAAAGAGAAUAGCUGCAAUAACAGAUGUCCAAAACUGGUAUUCGAUUAACUUAGUGGUCUGAGCAGACAGUGUCCGUGACAGUGAACUAAUGUGCAGGCUGCAACUUCGAAUAUGCUUGUUUACUGAUAGGUAAUAUUACCCCAGACAACCCCCUAAAGCCCCCGAACCAAGACCAGUUAAGUUUAGCAAUGUUCCUUAUUUUAGCUAUACAUGACAUGAUUAACAAUUGCUUAUAUUUCAGCACAGAACAACAUGAUUCAGAGUGAAAAGCAAAGACAUAAUGGUGAUGAGGAGGUUGUCAAAGAACUGUGUAUUGCCAAUGGGGUGUCUUAUGAGAAGAUACCACAGGAAGGUAGCAGCAUCACAGCCCUGGAGGUGUUCUUCUCAGGUUAUCCUCGUAUGGUUGGCCUCUCCCUUUUUCCAAGGCUGUGCCAGCUCACAUUGGUAGGCCAGAGUAUCAGUCACAUCAAGGGCCUUGAGUCCUGUCCCCUGCUUCGGGAGUUCUGGGUGGUGGAAUGCCAGCUGACAGAUAUUUCUGGACUUCAGAAUUGCCAUCAGUUACAGAAGCUGUACCUCUAUGACAAUCAGAUUAGUAAGAUUGAGAAUUUGGAGUCACUUGUCAAUCUACAGGUGCUGUGGCUUAACAAUAACUUCAUCACUCACAUAGAGGGAUUAAACAGACUUCAAAAGCUGAGAGAGCUGAAUCUAGCUGACAAUAACAUUGAGAAGAUAGGACACAGUCUUGAUCCUAAUAUCAGCAUUGAAAAUCUGAAUUUAUCUGGGAACAAGAUCUGCUCUUUUAAGGAGCUGACCCUCCUGGCCCCAUUGACCUGUCUGAGAGUGUUGGGACUGAAGGACCCCCAGUCAAGUCCCACCCCAGUAUGUCUGCUGUGUAACUAUGCCACCCACGUGCUCUACCACAUGCCAGGCCUCCAGCGGCUUGACACCUACGACGUCUCCAGCAAGCAUUUGAAGGACUCUGCUGAGUCCACUGUGAUUAAGAAGAUGAUGUACUACAACAUGCGUGUGCGGACAGCCCAGAGGAACCUGGCAGAGACCCAGGCCAAUCUGCUGGAGAACAAGAGGAAUCUCUUACAGCUGCCAGAGGACCGCAUCAGAGCUCUCAAUUAUACCCUCAAAAACCUGGAGUGUGAGCUGUCGGAGGUGCAGGCCCUGUGCAGGAAGUCGGCCCGUACCUGGGAGGAUGGACUGUCACCGCUGAGUGAGGGCUCAGGGGACCGCAGUGAUACCCUUGCUGACAUCACCCGCGACCCCGGCCUGGAACACAAGAUCCUCUCCAAGCUGGACACCCUGAAGGAGAGGUUGCAAUUUUGGAACAGGAAGCUGGAGGAGAUUGAGUCCUGGUACCAGCGGGACUUGGCCCAAGCCACCAAAAGGAACGAGAUGAUGGUCCACUUUCUGCUGAUGGAGCUUGAGACAGUGGGGAAUAUUCGGUUUGAAGAGGGCUGCUCCACAGACCCCUGGUUCACUUCCUGUUAUGACCUCCUGCUCUCCCGGUUCUGUGCGUGGGACUACAAGGUUCAUGGCAUCACUGGCAUCAAGAUCAACCGUAUCAUCCGCAUCCAUAACCGUUCGCUGCGGCUUCGUUUCGAGGACAAGCUUCAUACCCUGUUGGCCAGCGAAGAGUCGACAAUGUUCUCACAGAAUUACAAACGCUGGCUGGAGUACCUGUUCUAUGUGUCUGAUCCUGAAAGAACCAGUGAGAAGAAUGAGAUGUUGCACAUUCCAGAGGACGGCUUUAAAACAGCAGAUAUGUAUAAGGCCCUGGGCAGAGAGAGAGCUGUACCCUUGUCUAACAGCCUGAGUGUGACGGACAGCCCCAGGAUUGAGUACACACAGCGACAGGCCAACCAAGGCACCUCCAAGCAGAGCAUAGACCCUCUUCUUUUCAGACAUGGUCAGCUCAUAGUGUCCAAAGUGUUCCUGGGCCGCAGCUUCCCCAUCCAUGAAGGGGAUUCAGUGGACGCCCUCAACUACCCCAAAGCUCACUCUGUUUACCGCAAUGUGAGCCCAGAGCAGGUCCAUAAGACAAAUGGAGAGAGGCCUUGCUCCUCCAAUAUCCACAGUGGCUGUGACUGCAGUCUGAGACAGAGUCAGUGGUUUGUAUUUGACCGUGAGCUUGUCCUGCCGGAGUACCUCAUCGACUUUGAGUAUAUCACGCAGGUAGGAAAAAGUAUACCCUGUUUGUCUUUCAAUCCCAGCCUGCGUUCCCAGAGCCCAGCAGCAGAGGCACAGACAACCCCUCCCAACGAUAUCAACCUGGACGAAGAGACUCUAAACAUGGAGCCCAUGCUCAAACCGCGGCCCAAGCUGCUGUGCCUGGACGAGAAGACUUUACUCAAUGUAGCCAGGGCCAACGUCCUCAGUCAGAUUACAGUGUUGAAUCUCCAUGGCAACAGCCUGAGUAAACUGAAGGAGAUCUCUCGUCUGACAGCCCUGCGCCGCCUGACUAUCAGCUUCAAUGAGUUUACACAACUAGAUGACAUCUCCCACAUGCCCAACUUGGAGUUUGUGGACGCCAGCUACAACCACCUGCUGACCCUGGAGGGGCUGAGGGGGCUGGGGCGGCUCAAUCAACUGGACCUGCGCUGGAACCAGCUGACCCGCGCUAGGGAGGAGACGGCUGUGCUCCGGAAACAUGCCCCCACCCUGCUGAGACUGGACACCCGCCACAACCCCUGGCAUAGACCCGAGGCGGUAAGGAUGACGGUUCUGGGACGUCUGAUUAGCCUUACACACCUGGAUGACAUGCUGGUGACAGAGGAAGAGGCAGGCGCUGCUGUUCAGAUGGCUGCAGGCUCCAGAAUCAGCCAGGCAUCUCUGCUGGCCCACUCCCGGACGGACAGUGAGCGUCCCCGCAGUCUCAGCCUGCUCUCUGCAGCCCAGCUCCUGGAUCAACUCAGCCCCUCGCCCUGGGACAUCACUGGAGACCUAGAGCAAGGCUGGACCACCAAGAUCACAGCCCUUAACCUUGACAGCCAGAGGCUCUCCAGGCUCACCAACCUGGACAAACUGGUCAACCUGCGCUGGGCCUCCUUCAAUGACAACAACAUCUCUAAAGUGGAGGGUCUGGACAACUGCCAGCAUCUAGAGGAGCUGUCCCUCAACAACAACUGCAUCUCUAGGCUCGACGGUGUGUCCAAACUGCACCAGCUCACUAAGCUCAGUGUGAAUGGGAACCAGCUGUCCUGUCUGGAUGGCACUGUCCUGGACCGGAUGCCCAACCUCCACUUCUUGUCUGUGGAGAACAACUGCAUUGGCUCCCUGAACGGGGUGCAUAGGGCCCGCUCACUAUUUGAGCUGUACAUAGGCAACAACAUCAUCACCUCCACACGAGACAUCUACCACCUAAAGGCUUUGACAAACUUAAUCAUUCUGGAUCUGUAUGGUAAUCCUUUAGUGGAGAAACUGGAAAGCUACAGGAUUUAUGUGGUGUUCCAUCUACCCUCCCUAAAGGCACUGGAUGGGGUUGCAGUGGAAAUGACGGAGUGUGAGAACGCCAAGGAUGUGUUUGGUGGACGCCUGACCCCUGACAUGGUGGCAGAGAAACUAGGACACUCCAACUACUCCGACGUCGUUGAUCUCAACCUGCAGUCCAGUGCUAUCAGUAUGGUGGACCUGGCCCCAGCAGACCUGUUCCACAACAUGCGCAGUGUCAACCUGGAGCACAACAACCUCACCUCCUUCAGUGGCCUUGUCUACCUGCCCAACAUCAAGGCACUAUGUUUGAACUAUAACCACAUAGAAUCCAUCCUGCCCAGGCAGAAGGCCCAGGCCCCCCUGACUAACAGACAGAUUCUCUAUCACAAGGUGAACUCCAGUGGCUAUGGCCAGCAGGGCUCAUCAAAAGGCAGCAGGGAAGUGGGUCCUGUGGACAGCCUAGAGCCACUAAUGAGCAGCCUGGAGGUGCUGCAUUUGAGCCACAAUGGCAUCUCAAAUAUGGCCAAUCUGCAGCUCAGCAGGCUCACAAAUCUCAAAGCACUCUUCCUCCAAGGUAAUGAGAUCAGCCAGGUGGAGGGCUUGGAGGGUCUGCAUCAGCUCCGGGAGCUGGUCUUGGACCGGAACCGGAUCAAGGCCCUGGGGGAGAACUCCUUUUUUGGUCAGGCUUUUCUGCUGGAGCUGCACCUGGCAGAGAACCGCCUACGGGAACUUAACCACCUCCAACCCCUUACCGAGCUGAGGAGGCUGUUCCUGGGCAUGAACAAACUACAGGACAUCUCAGAGCUGGACAAGCUAGAAGUCCUUCCCUCCCUGAUUGAGCUGUCAGUUGUAGGGAAUCCUGUGGCCCGGCGAUCCCUCCAUAGGCCGGCAGUGGUACUACGCCUCUCCAGACUGCAGGUUCUGGAUGGGGUGAUGGUCACCCUGGAGGAGAGGACCAGGGCUGAGCUACUCUGCACAGAGGUCCAGUGCCCAAUGGCUCAUGGAUCCGGCAUGGAUAUGAACCUGCCUGGCCUGCUUCCCCUCAUGUCCCGGACUGCCCCUCUGCGGGGGACCAGUCUGAGUGGAGGACUGCAGCUGCAGCACUUCCUGGGUCAUGAGAUCCUGAUGCCCUGCAACUUGGAUGAAGCACUGCCCCAUGACACGCCCAAACACAAGAAGCAAAAACACAGCAGCGCUGCCCACCACGCCCGCAGUGCCCAGGCAGAGAUGACCUUUAGGCAGAUCAGAGGAAUUGCAAGUACCCUGCCAUCCACCGGCCUCCUUCCUAACGGGUACAGGGUCCUGAUUACCAACCUCGAGCAGGACAGCAGAUACCAGAGUGGUGGUGCUCCUAAACCCCCACCCAUGUAGCACCCCAGGGGUUUGGGCAGAGGAAUGGGAGACACUGCUGUGGGCACGAGGAAGUAGAUAAAUGGGAGGAUCCUGAUACUCCUGUGUGGGUCAUUGCACACAUGCAGAGUAAGAGUGGGAAGUAUUGUUCAGCUAAAUUCGGUUCACCUCUGCUCCAUAGACUGUAGAUUAGUGAACUGCGGAUAACCCCCUUUAUUUUAGUUUGUCUGUUUUUAAAUGUACACUGAACAAAAAUAUAAACUCAACAUGUAAAGUGUUGGUCCCAUGUUUCAUGAGCUGAAAUGUUCCAUAUGCACAAAAAGCUUGUUUCUCUCAAAUGUUGUGCACAAAUUUGUUUACAUCCCUGUUGGUGAGCAUUUCUCCUUUGCCAAGAUAAUCCAUCCACCUGACAGGUGUGGCAUGUCAAGAAGCUGAUCAAACAGCAUGAUCAUCACACAAGUGCACCUUGUGCUUGGGACAAUAAAAGGCCACUCUAAAAUGUGUAGUUUUAUCACACAACACAAUGCCACAGAUGUCUCAAGUUUCUAGGGAGCGUGCAAUUGGCAAGAUGACUGCAGGAAUGUCCACCAGAGCUGUUUCCAGAUUACAUUUACAUUUACAUUUAAGUCAUUUAGCAGACGCUCUUAUCCAGAGCGACUUACAAAUUGGUGCUUUCACCUUAUGACAUCCAGUGGAACAGCCACUUUACAAUAGUGCA